CAGGCUCCACGGUCACUGUCGCCGCCAUCCUGGCUGGGAUCCAAGAAACUGGGCCACCCACCUUCCGCUGUAGAGGCCUUGGCCUCCGCAGCCAGCGCGUCAGGGACAAGCGCAGGGCAGUGGGGACGAAGGCUAUCAUUUUGUGCCUUGAACUCAGACCUCGCCUGCGGAAAGAGUUAGACUUGGUUCCAAACCCUCGUGUGGCGGGCCCCUGCCCUGCAGCCUGAGCGCCGGAACUCGGAGCGGGCCGAGCUGCGUGUUCCACUGGGCAGGGCAGGCCUGGCUGGUCCGGUGACCCUGGAAGGCACACAGCAGGAGCGAAAACAGACACUGAGACAAAGUCUUAUUUAAAACCUGUAUGCGUGGGAAGAACGGACCAGUUAUUUCUCGCAGCGCUCUUGAGUCGGGCUAGGACUCUCAGGAAGAACUUAGCAAGUAGCAAAGCCUCCAGUUGUCUGGUUCUUGGCAUACCGGGUCUGCAGGACCUGGGUUGACUUGCAUGAAUUGGUUCAGAAAACCACACCAGUUAUUAUUCAUACUGGGAACCAUGGUGUGUCGCUUGCCUGUGUGCUUAUUCUCCACACUGGUCCCACCCCUGGAGGUCCUAGUGCCUUCCUCCGACUUCAUUCCUCACAGGGUCAGCGCACACAGCCUGAACAAGCACACAGUAACGCCAGUGCUGAGACUCGUCUGAAAGCCAGCCUUUCCUGGAAAUGAGCCGUUUACAAGGAAACCGGUAUAAUAACCUGCAGAAGAUGGCUCAAUGAAAACCAUGGAUUCUAGGAGCGCACCCAUGGAAUUUUGAAGAGUUGGUUGCCUGGCGACCAAUAUAAGCUGCUUUGGAAACCUAACAAACCAAGGAAGGUUUCAGAGGCAGAACCACCCUUCCCUGUGAGGACUUAUUUGAAGGAGGCCAUUUUGAUUGGAAUUUCAAAACAUGGCUGCUUUAUCAGUAGCUGAUAGUUUACUCCUGACAGCAGAAUGAGAAGAGGCCACCUGGAGUCACUGAAAAGAUCCAGAGAGAAAGCAGCAGAAGGAUCAGUAUUGCUUCAGGUGCCUGCUCACGCAUCCAGGGCUUGCUCCGGGCCAGCAGUGUGGAAGCCAUUGCUGGGAAACAGGAUGAGCCAGACCUCAAAGGGAAAGCCCUUUCUCCCCCCCCACCUCCAUCAGUCCCUCCCCCCUCGGCUGAGAUGGGGCAUGCUUUUCUGGAGCAUGAGGCCAGGAGACCAGGCUGAGUGCACGUCCGUCGCCAGGGUGCCCCCAGCCUUCCGCUUUGGGCUGCAGCACUGUGUACGCCUCAAGCACCAGUAUGUUAAAAAUGCUGCUGCAGACCUCACCUUCUCCCAGGAGGUAGUAUGGCAGCGAGGGCUGCCCAGCGUUCCCUACAGCCAGUGCACCUUUGACCACAUCUACAACACAGACACCAUCAUCCAGCCUCCCAAAGGCAGGAACACCCAGCCCGGGAAACCUGUCAGCUUCCGGGUCUUGGACUCCUCAGGGCCCUCGGCAGUGGUCAUCUCUCAGGCUGUGAAGACGAGGCGUCUUGUCCAUCUUAAAAAGAAGCUGAAGAAAUCAAAGGUAGCCAGCACUGUCCAGGAAAAGUCUCCUGGCCUUCAAUCUGAUAAAGAACCAUCUCUGGUGGGCUUGGCACCCUCUCUAGAUGUGGACCUGGAAGAGAGGGAAGUCUGGCUUUCGCCUCUGGAGAAGGAGACCAGAGCCUGGGAGGAUCUCAUGCUUCAGCAGCUGAACCAGCGCACGGCCCGGUGGAUCCUGAACAAGCGUCCGCUGAGGCCUGGCGUAUCCCCCAACAAGUGGCAGAGCUUCCUGCAUCAGCAGUAUGACUGGAGCCACAUCCGGGAUGAGCUCACCUCCACCAGUGACCUGGAGCUCCUGGAUAAGCUGGAGGCAGAGGAGGUGGCAGAGUUUGAGGGCAGAAGUGUCCCUGCACCCAAGCAGGAGAAAGAAAAGCCAGAGCUCCUGCUUCCCGUUUACUAUAGACUGCCUGGGUGCUUGCCACAAGCGCAGACAAGUGAAGUGGUGCCUGGGGCCAACAAGACUGCUGAGGACAUCAGUGUGACACCAGGAAACUACCUGUCCCCAGACCAGAGCCACUACAGGCAGGUGAACCCCCGAGCUGGCAAGUUUGCUUACUCCACGGCCAACACCUUUGAACAGGAGAUUUACUUUGACAAUGUCCAGAUCGUUCGGAAGGCCGGUGCCAAGAGAGACCAGAUUUUCCUGGAAAACUCCAAUCAGUACAGCAAGCAGCUGCGGAAGGUCUUCCCUGAAAGUCCAGAAAAGUGGAGCUCCCAACCAGUUCCUGAAGCACCUUGUAGGCCCAGGAAAGGGGGUGUACGCUGGGCCGCUUUGCCCAUCCCAGCCAAGAAUCUGCUGCUGAAUGAGGGUGAGCAGGACACAUACCCAGAGUCUGGGAGGCUGCGGACACAGGCAAAGACACUGAUGGAGAACACGACCUGGCAGCUGAUGGUCCUGCGGAGGAUGCUGCACGAAUGGAAGGCGGCCUGGUCUCUGAUCAUCGAGUGGUCCCAUCAGACAGUGGAGGGCCUACAUCGGAGCUUGACAGGCAUGCACGAUGGCAUUCGGAUCCAAGCCAUCAUCACGUGUGCCAUGGCAGCGCUGGAGCGGCCCCGAAUUGCCACUCACCAGGAGGACUCAGAUGGAAAGACUGUGGAUGACCCAAUCGUUCAGGACUUACCAGAGGCUCUACAGCGCCCCCUCUUGGCUGCUCUUUGUGACCAGAAUGUCAACGUGCAGAUGGCCGCUGCGCUGUGCCAGUAUGCCAUACAGUCACAUAAUCCCCUGGCCCGGAACAUCAUGCAGACUGCCCUUUUGAAGGGUGAUGUGGCGGACAGCUGGGCUGCAGCUCAGUGCUUGGCUCUGGAAGGGGACGCUACUUACCCCGUGAUUAAGAGGAUUCUCAACCAGCUCUUUAACCAGAAGGACAAGGACACUGAGGAUCAAUCGUGUGCCCUCCUGAGCCAUCUCAGCAGGAAGACAGCUUUGAUCCACACCAUGCUGGCCAUGGAGCUGAGCAGCCCGCAGUGGGAGGACCGGGUCGUGGCCUGCCGGGCUCUCUCCCACAUCAGUGGCAGUGUCAGUUUGGAUAUGAAAAAUAAGCUGAUCGAACUGAUGUGGAGCGACUGGAAUAAGACAGUGAGGCAGGAGGCAGCUCAAGCUUUGGGGCACAUGAACCUUGGAAAAGAGGUACAUGACAAGAUCAGAGUCAAGCUGGGUCAAGGAAACUCCCGGGAGCGUGUAGAAGCUCUCUCUCUGAUUCGUGGUCUCAAGCUCAUGACUGCCAAGCUUCUCCCAAACUUUCUCAGCUGCUUCUCUGACGAAUGUGUGGCAGUUCGCCAGGAAGCCUGUUUGGCAGCCGGAGCCCUGCAGAUCCGUGACAAGAUGGUGCUUGAAUGCCUCCUGAAUCUGCUUCAGAGAGAACCUUCCUGGAAAAUCAAGGCCUUUGCCAUUCGAGCUUUGGGACAGAUUGGCCAAGUGAAUCCCCAGCUGACAGAUCUCCUGCUCUGGGCUAUCCACUAUGAAGAAUCACCCAGCGUACGGCUGGAAGCUUGCCGGAGCAUACUGGCUCUCAACCUUCAGGGGCCCCAGGUCAGGGACACCUUUCUAGACGUGCUGCUCCUAGAGAGUCAUGAUGCUGUCCUGAAAGAGCUGUCUCAGGCAAUGAAGAUGCUCCAUUUAGAAAAUGAAGGCCACAAGGAAAUGCUUCAGGAAAUCAAGAACAAGAUUCACACCUUAAGCCAAAGGGACCUGCUAACCCAGGAAAUACUCAGAAUCGAGGCGAUCACCAGAAAAGUGAAGGAAGAAGCAAAACGCAUUUACUUACCACAACCCCAAGAGGGGCAAAAACCAUUGACACUUCAUACUCUUCUCCAAGACACGUUUCAGGAUGCGGUGAUGAUUCCCAGAAGACCAUCGAAAGUGUGCGACGUAGAAGCAGCUAUAAAGCCUGUGAAGCCUCGCACGCCAAAUCCCUGGUCACAGAGUCCAGUCCUGGCCCCGAACAAAAGAGGCAGAUGUCACCCAUCAGUGCUUGUCAAAGAUCUACGCACCAGCCGAGAAAAGAGACUAGCAAUGGGGCCAUUUGAAUUUCCUAACAGCUCAGAUCUCAGCUGGAUAAAAGAAGAGAGAGAAAACUUUUCCCUACAAGGUCAUGUCCUCCCACCCUGGGAGAAAAAGAUCUAUCUCUAGGCUGGGCCCUUCUCUUGUUCCAGGGUGCUGGCAACAGUGGACCUGACUACCUUCUGCUUCCUUAAUAUUGUACAACCUCUUUGAUUGUUAUGUUUAUAAAGAGGAGGCUAUAUAACAA